AGAGUAUUUUAUUACUCUGUAACUCAAAUUUGGUAAUGAUUCCUGAGUAAUGGCUGCUUGCUAUUUUGUACACACAUUUUGUGGUUUGAGGUAAGAGGGGGAGGAGAUACAACUAGUGAGGGUAGUGAGUGGGUCUGAGUAUAUGAUAGCAUAUGCACACUAAUGCUUUACCACAGGCUGAUGCAGUUGCACCAUGGUUCUUUACGCUUUUCUUCUUCUCCUUGGUAUCUCUUUGGCUGGUGGGAUGGAGAGUGGUAUUAUUGGUGGAAAAGUUUCUAAACCUCAUUCCAGACCAUACAUGGCAUCUAUUCAGGUUGAAAAUAAACAUCACACAUGUGGAGGGAUGCUGAUCAGAGAGGAUUAUGUACUGACAGCGGCCCACUGUUUGAAUCGCAGUGCCUUCUCUGGUCGGGGCAACUUUGAGGUUGUUCUGGGAGCUCACAACAUCCAUCAGGAUGAGAAAAGCCAGCAGAGAAUCAAAGUGUUAAAAUACAUCCAACAUCCUAAGUUUCAAUCUGAUAAUACUGAGAAGGACUACAGCUAUGAUAUCAUGUUACUAAAGCUGAAGAACAAAGCCAAGGUGAAUAAAUUUGUGAAAGUUAUGCCUCUUCCUAAGAAAAAUGGAAAAACACCAGCUAAUGUUAAAUGCUCCAUUGCUGGUUGGGGGUUAACAACCCCAAAAGGAGUAGAGGGAUCAAAUGUGAUGCGGGAAGUCACUCUUAUACUGCAGGAGAACUCAAAAUGUAAAGAAAGCUGGCAGCACUACUUCAACUCUGAGAGAAUGAUCUGUAGUGUUUCAGAUGGGAAACAUGCUUUUUGUCAGGGUGAUUCAGGAAGUCCUCUUAUCUGCAAUACCAAACCACAAGCAAUUGCUUCAUAUACCUAUAAUGGUAGCUGCGUAAACAAAACAUAUCCUCAAGUUUAUGUAAAAAUCUCCCACUUCCUCCCUUGGAUUAAAAAGAAGAUUGGUUAAAAACU